AUGGCGGGCAACGGGUACGGCAAUGAUCGCGGCGGCUACGUCUACGACGAAGACGACGAUGACGGCGAUUACAGUGCGCAACAGCACGGCCAUGGCAGCAGAAAUUUCGCCGACCGGGGUUACAGCAGCUACGACGGACGGUACGACAUCAAUAACGCCUACCAAACCACACGAUACGACCCCAGCUCCCCUCGCGGACUAGGGGGCCCGCAUGAUCGAGGCGUGUACGCCCCCCCCACGGCGACCAUUAUCAACAACAACCGCGGCGUCGGUAGCUCCCAGUACCCUUCUCGACGAGGAGGCCCGCCGGGAGCAACCCGCUACCCAAACCCGUCCACCGCGUACGACAACUUCUCCUACCCGCCGUCCCCGCGCCCACCGCCUUCCCCCCGGCAACCGCAGGGCUUCGGCGGGGUAGCCGGGCAGCUACUGAACGCCGCGGGCCAGCUCUCCCCCUCGAACAAGAGGGCUUCGGGGGGACGCGCGGUCUUCGACGACGAGGUGACUAUCGGCCCAGCGGCGGCCGGCGGCGAGAAGUCCGCCGCCCGGCUGAAGUCAACCUCCGCCAGCGGGGGCUCCGCCGCUGCUUCGCGCUUCGGGCUGUAUGCGCCGUCGGGAGGGGGUUCGGGCGAGAUUCCAGGCGCCGGGUCCUCGAGAGGCGACGACGGGGACGGUGGGGGGAAUGCUCGCUUUCGUGAUCGCGGGAGGAGCCAGAUAGCGAAGGCACCGACGAACCCGCGGUACCAGGAGAGGACGCGGAAUUCGUUCGAGGAAAGAGAUCAACAAAUGCGUGAGCAGAAGCACCAGCAGCGGGCGCCGCACCAGCGGAAGGCUUCACCGCCACCACCUCAGCAGCCACCACCACCUUGUGCAAGGGCGCCUGCGACGGCGGCGGUUGCUACAGCUCAAGAGCAACAUUCCGGUGGCAGGACCCCUUCUGCGAGCGUUGGCGGAGGGAAGCGAAGCAGGAGCAGGAGCAGGAGUAGCAGCCCCCGACCGCCAGCGACGCCGGCAGACCCGCCGCCGCCGCCGCCGCCGCCGCCACCGCCGAACCAGACACCACCUGCCGGGGCCAGACAGAUCGCGACCGCAUGCUCCACUUCCGCCGCCGCCCGGUCGACGCCGGCAUCAUCAUCAGCGGCAGCGGCCGCCGCGCCGCCGGCGGCACCCUCACGUCCGCCGUUGUCAUGGAUCACCAUCGAGCGGGCCGGCAAGCGGCGGCUCGGGGUCCCGGCGGAGGAACGACGCACGAAGCUCGGCGGGGAGAACGAGACCGUCAGCCCGUUCCAGGGGUGUCCCAUCCACGACUGCCCUAUGGGUAGUAGCGACGGGAUCUCAGUGAGCUGGAUGGCCCGGCACCUUGAGUCGCACACAAAGGUGGCCAUGGAAAAGCCGCAGAAGGAGCUGUACAUCAGGAGCAGCGUGGCGGAGAUCCUGCACGAAAUGUGCUUGGACAGCGAGGUUCCGCGGGCUCAGCGGAAGUUCGAACGACGGAAGAUGUCGAGGGCUCUUUUGGACACGCCCAGAGCAGGCAUCGGGCACCUCGCUGGAAUGAUAGAGACCGUGGUCACCGGCGACAACAAGAGCCCCCACGUCAGGCGCUGUGCGCAUGACCUCGCGGUGGGCGGCUGCGAAGGCAUCACGAGAGAGGGGACGAUCGUUCGCUGCGACAAGUGCAUGGCCUGGUACCACGUCUCCUGCGGCCAGAUGGUGCGUGGGGACGGCAUCUCGAGCGAGGAGGCCCGCGAGGAGACGCUGUGCCGCACCUGCGCCAGGAUAGCGAUAGGGGCCCCGCAGGGGAAGGACCCCACGGCCACCCUGCAGAAGCAGCUGUCCCUCGUCCGGGAGAAGCGCACCAAGAUGCUGGAGUUCCUGGAGGAGGACGUGGAGACGGGGGCCCCGUGCGGAGUUUUCGACUUGCCGUUGAACAUCCGGGACGUGAGCACGGCGGGUGGCGUAGGACCGAAAGAUGGUAACGCCAAUGGCCCUGACGCUGGGGGCAACAGCAAUGGCGGCAACGGAGGCGUUGACAAGCGCGACAACAGGCCCCCGUGUGCCGCGGCGUCGUGCGGGCGAGAGUCUCGACAAGACUCCAAGUUUUGCUGCGACGCGUGCGGGGUUCUGCACGCGGAGGCUUUCUUGGCCAAGGCUAUCCGUCACCACGUGGAAGAGUCGGCGGGAAUAGACCGGGGCAGGCGUCUCCGCGAGACCAGGGAGCUGAAGACUCGAAAGCAGCAGGUCGGGCUCGCGAUGAAGAAGGUGGAGUUCCCGCGGGUCCCUGGGUUCAAGACGGAGCGCGAGACCGCUCUGCACGCUUUGGUGGUGAGGAAGUGCCGCCUGUGGCAGCGGCUCAUCGAGAUCGGCGCCUACUGGGAGAAGGUAUCGGGAUCGAGGGUCGGCGUGCUGGCCGCCACCAGGACCGCCGCUCAGACAUCGAGCCGAAAGGCAACCGCCGCCGCCGCCGCCUCCGUCACUGCCUCCGGUGCCGUCGAUCCCGCUCUAAGCAGGAGCGCUCCGGAGCGCCUAGCUGGUGGUCGUGAUCGUGGGGGUGUCAUUGCCAGUGCCAGCAGCAGCGGAGGGGUUCAGGUCGAGCUGGAUGUGGGAGGCGGUAGCAUCGCGGCGGCGGCGAAGAAAAACACAGCGGCGGCGUCGGCAGGUCAGCAAGAAGCCGAGGUUUCGGGAGCCGGGAAGGAAGUUGUCGGCGUCGCAACAGCAGCUGCGGCGGCAGCGGCGACGGCGACGGCGGGGACGGAGGGGCAGGGGGCGAGCAACGGCUGCGUGGGAUGGGAAGGGGGCGGAGCGAAGAAGAGAGCACGGGAGGAUGGUGACGGUCCACCGCAGCAGGCCGCGAAAUCGUUGAAACAGACCUCCAACGGAGAGGCGGCGAGCGGGAUCGACGUCGGUGGUGGCGGUGCCGCAAUCACGGAGCCCCCAUCAGCGGCGGUGGCGAUGGGCGCACAGAGCAAGGGGAAGGGAAAAGCAGCGCUUGACCCACAAGCGGCGGAGUCUCCGACGGCAGCGAUGGAAGUGUCGAGCGCCGACCCUGAAGCCGAGAUAGACACAGGUCUCGAGGUUCCGGACACCAUGGCCGAGAUAGCCGGGCAGGCGUGGACGUACGGGUCCUUUGGCAAGGAGCGAGUGCUCUGGUACUGCCCCCCCGGGGGGGGCGAGGCAGACAGGUGCACAAGCAGCGAGCAGCUUCAGGCGUACCUGCGAGAGCGCUACGGCAACGGGCGGGUUCCCGGGCAGUUCACUUUCAGCGGCAAGGAUGCCCCGCCUCAGUGGGAGAGAGUCGAUGCCCGCCGUCCCGACAACGGGUCUCUGAUCGCCAAGGAUAAGGACAAGGCUGCAGUUCCGCCGCCGCCGUCAGGCGGGGUGCAGAACUUCAUGUGCGUGUAUUGCGGGGAGGAGACCGGCCCUUGGGUCAGCGAGCACCUGGAGCGAUGCUACCGGAAGACGACCGCCAUGCGCAACGAGCGCCUCAAGCACGCGACCCUGCGCCCGCUCCGGGACAACCACUUCCUGCAGGGGGGCUCGCGGCUGGGAGCGGCGUCGGUGACCGAGCCCGUGUCGGUGCCCCCCUCGGCGGCCCUGGAUUCCCCCGCCGCCAUCGGCAGGCAGCUGCUGUCGCGCCGCAUCGCCUACGCCAACUUCGACUCUCUGCCGGACCCGUCUCGGUUCCAGCUGCAUCACGACCUCAAGGGCUGGCGGGAGUCCCCGUCCCGACUGGACUUCCUGUACAAGGAGCUCGUUCGGCAGCGAAACGCGGCGAUCUACGAACUCCAAGCGCUGGACAGAGAGGAAGCCGAGCUGGAGGUGCACCUGCGGCAUGAUUGGAUGAAAGAUGACCUCCGUUCAAUCCCUCGCAUGCGCAUCAACUAUUUGUAG